AUGGAGAUGGAGAAGCAGAAGGAGAAGGAGAAGCAGGAACAGAAUGAAGAACAUCACAUUGACAAGAAGCAGAAGACGGAGAAUCAACAGGAUGAGGUUGUUAAAGCUCGUCGGCCUUUGAAACUGUCUCGCAAAAACACUCUGCACCCCAAAGAGAGCAUCCAUGACCUCCUCAGAUUCGGAUGCAGCGAAAAAAAACCAACUUGUUGCUUUGUUAUUGAAGGAACUGCUUAUAAGGCUGAUCCUAAUAGUGAUGAGGCAAAAUUGAAAGUCAGGUUUUAUGUUCUACCCUUUUUGCCUAUUAUUCCUGUUACUGGUGAUUAUUGGGUUUUGUAUAUUGAUGAGGAUUAUCAGUAUGCUUUGAUUGGUCAGCCUAGUAGGAGGUAUUUAUGGAUAUUAAGUAGGCGAACAUGUCUUGAUGAUGAGAUUUACAACCAGCUUGUUGAGAAGGCUAAAGAAGAAGGCUACGACGUGAGUAAGCUCCACAAGACGCCACAAUCUGAUUCCCCACCAGAGAGUGAAGAUAGCCCGGAGGACACCAAAGGAAUUUGGUGGAUCAAAUCAAUCCUUGGAAAAUAGGCAAAAACAGUACAAUGGCCAAAAAAAGAAAACUAUCCAAAGA